UCCUGCUCCUUCCCCCCAUCCAAAGCCCACCGUAUUAUUCUCGAAGCCAAGCAAGUACCUGACCCCGGCCACCGUUUAGGACGAAGUACCUCAUGCCGAGACUCUCGCAGAAGUGCCGCCUUUCCUGUUGAAAAUACAAAACCAUCCCUUCUCCUCCUCCAUCUCUACCUUGUCUACCCACCAAGAAAACGACAUCGCACACCACAGCACAUUCACACACACACACACCCCCAUCUUGUCAACUCGCACACAUCCUGCGCCCACCGUACAUACGUAUAUACAUACAUACUUCCGACACCCCAUCUUUGACGAUUUCCCCGUUGUUGCAACACACAGUUGUUUAUUAUUGUCCCAUCGUCCCUCACUCUCAUUCCCCUCCGGUCCUCAUCGACUCACAUUCACACUCACAACUCACACAUACGCGCACACACACACACACACACUCGAGACUUUCCCCGCCCUGGUGUCUGACUGAUCUUCUCAACUCGCCACAAAGAUCUGGAGUGCAUCGCAGCACCGUACUACACGACCGAGAAGAACCGACCCCUCUAGCCUAGUAGAAAAAUAGGCGCCAUUGCCCAGCAGAGCACAGCAUCGCAGUCAUCACUUGACUGCUGCUCAUCAUACACACCAGAAAUGGUCUCAACAUACCAGAUGCCGAACUACUACAGACCGACACCGUUGACUGUAGACACAACACAAGCGCAAAAGUACUACGAGGAGGAGGACCACAGCAUUUUGGACGAAAGCAUCCUGGACCACAGCGCACUCGACUCGGGCCUGGAAAUGUCGCCUCCCAUGGCCGAUAGCAGAAGGGAAUCGUUCGCCAUUGGCGGCUCUCUCUUCUCGCCUAAGACGGAGGACUGGCAAUCAGUCGAAAUGCAAUCUGUGCCGUCCAACAACCCCUUCAUUGAACAGCACACCAACAACAACCCCUUCAUGCGCCUCGACCAUGCCCAGCCCCACCCCUCUCCGUUUGGCCCCCAAGGGAAUGCCUGGUCCCUGAGCAACACGUCCGGUUCCUGCACCCCUUUACAGCAGUUCGAUGGCUUGCCGGCUGAGUACGAUAGCGGCGCGCCCAUGUUCCAAAGACCCGUCCAGGGCCAGACGCCCUUCACCAACCCCACUGGCCAGAUCAACAUGUUCGCGCCCAUCGGUUCGGGUAACCAGUCCAUCCCGACAUCGCCGCAAAAGGGCUGGCUCGGCCAGGCAGAGCCCAUGGCCAAGAAGAUGCGCCCCGGGAGCCCUGCAAUUCGCUCGCACAACGACAUGAGAAGAGGCGACGGCAUCCGCAAGAAGAACGCGCGCUUCGACAUCCCGGCCGAGCGCAACCUGAGCAAUAUCGACAACCUCAUCUCUCAGUCCACUGAUGAGCAGGAGAUCAAAGAGUUGAAGCAACAAAAGCGACUGUUGAGGAAUCGCCAGGCAGCCCUUGACUCUCGCCAGAGGAAGAAGCAGCACACGGAACGUUUGGAGGAUGAGAAGAAGCAGUUCACAGCCGUCCUCACCGACAUGGAGGACGAGAUGGCCGAAAUGAGGAAGCAGAUGGAACAGCUCUUGCGGGAGAAGCAGUUCAACCAGGAGUACAUCGAGUCGCUCACCAUGGAGAAGGAGGAAAUGAUGCGCUCUCACACGAUUGAGACGGGCGAGCUCCGCAAGAAGGUCAGUGUCCUCACCGACCACGUCCAACGUCUCGAGAACGCGGCCAUGGCGGCCCCCGCCAACAACAACUUCGUCUCCGGCUACGAUGACAUGGACGGCAUGACUAUGCCCGGCACCUGGGACAGUGUCAACUUCCUCGGCGAAUAUCCUAUGGAGCAGGAGGUCAAGCAGGAGCUCCAGGUCAUCCCGACCAAGAAGACCGACAACACUGCCUUCCCUGUCGAGUCCGAGAAGCCCUCGUCUCAGGGCGGCAUCCUCUUCAUGCUCUUCCUCGUCGGUGCCUUUGUUCUGUCGAGCCGCUCCACGCCCGCCAUCCCGCGAGUGUCGGAAGACGUUCGCGCCGAAGCUGCCACGCUCCUCGAGAGCGUCUUCAAAGACGCCGGCAUCAACGGAGCGUCCAACACGAUGAACGCUGUCGCUCCCCAGCCUUCCGGUGGUUCGUGGGUGGACAACUCUGCCGUGUCCAUGGGUGACACAUCAAUGGGCGGCGUCGCACCCUCGAUGCUCGGCCAACUAGGCGACUCGCUCACCCAGCCUACCGACGAGCAGGCCAACGAGCAGCUUUUCGGCCUCUCGGCGGCCCAGUAUAACGGCGUCAACUCCCAAGACUUCCUCGGAAGCGCGCCCGAGCGCUCCACCAGCCAAGGACGCAAGAACCUCGCCGACGCUCUCGCGGCGAUGCGCAACACCAAACAGUCGGCCGCCGACGUCUACACUAGAUCACUACUUUGGGACCAGAUUCCCAGCGAAGUCGUCAGAAACUUUGCAAAAAUGGUGUCGGAAAGCAACAGCGCGAAAGUGGGCGCUAACGAAUAACGAAGACAAAAGACAGAAAAAAACGAUCCCAUGAUCAUCACGUUCAUCACGUUCAACGACUCUCAACUCUCUAGUACAGCACAAAAAAAAUCAUUUUAUCUUUUCUGGAAUUACCUUCUUUUCUUCUCGUUCGGCCGAGCCUCAUCAUACACUUCCACCGCUCCCGCGGAACAAUCCCCUCAACCCAGACAUUGUUGCUCACGCACCAAACGAAACCUCUUUUCACCGCCAAAUGAUCGAAGCUCUUCGGGCAACUUUAACCCGUCUUAUUAUUUCCUUUUCACUUUGUGUUUUUGUUUUUGGGAACGCCCCGUUCCCCCCCCCCCCCUCUUCCCGGUAUCUAGCGAGCGAGCGAGCAUUCUUGGAAUUCUGAUUUGAUAUCAUUUUGUUCCUUUCACAUAUCUAGUUUGGUAUCUACCGUUUUUUCCCCAAACGAGACGGAGGCGACUGUGUGAGGGACAAGGGAAGAGAAGGGCAUGGGGACAUGGGACGGCCAGGCAUUUCCGAUGUUUUGUACAAAUGGGGACUGGAAGCGGUUGGGCUGGAUGGGGGAUUUCGGGUUCAUCGGAGGAGAGCAGGUCUCACAAACUUAUGAGGGACAUCAUCUCACAAGGGAAAGGGAGAAUAGGGGGGGGGGGGGGGUAAGGUGUUUGAAUGGGGUUGUGGCUUUGCUUUUUCCUUUUGGCAUCUCCUGUGUUUUUUCUUUGGGUGGGAGAGAGGAGGAGGGACAGCCGCGUCGCACAGAGUUGCAGAUUGUCUUCUUUUUGGGAUGAGAAACGAGAGAGUCCGUCUCGCGACGAAACGUGGGAACGGAAACGAGUCGAAACGAACCUCAUGAAUCAAUGACAAACCAGACGAAGCGAAAUAUCAUCAUUGCUGUUCAGAAAGCGCGCUUUCUUUCCCUGCUCCUAUGCGUUUCCAUCACUCUUCUCGUGGACUGUUAUGGCACUCAUGUCCGGCGUCACAGCCGUCAUAGGGGGGAGGGGAGGAAAACAUGUCGGCCGGGGCCUUGGGUGACAGCGUGCGAGCAAACAACCCCAUUGCCCAGAAAGGUCAUGCAACCGCGCUCUACAACCGAGCACCAGCAGAGAGCC